AUGUAUUCUACUUCUCCUUGCUCGACUACUCUGACUUACGCGACGCCUUCUUCGAAAAAGUAUUCGAUAGCCGACGCCGAGAACAGCUACUUCUACAUUCCGCCGUGCAAAUCGGUUGUUCACUCGGAAAAGGUAAAAAUUGCGUUUUCUGGCGAGAGAUUCUAUUCUUUUCCAGCCUUUGACAGUGUACAUGGAGAACGGAGCGACGGACGGUCUGGAGAUGGAAUGGGUGCGGCACUCGUCGGCCGCCACCGUCUUCUACGUGCUCACCGCUCUGCUCACCAUCGGAUAUUACGCCAAUUCCUUUCUUUUUCAGUACGGAAACUACGCUCCGAGAUUCAGGGUCAGCAUUUUCGGUUAGUUACAAAAAAGUUCCUCAGCUCAAUCAACCAUUUCAGAUGAGCCAUUCCUGACGCGCGUGGUGAUUGUGCAAUGGCUGGUGCUGCUCGCCAUCCUCGUCACCGGAGUCUUCCUGUACCGCCGACUCUUCAUGCCCAUCUACAUCUAUCUCGCCAUCCUGGCCACCAACGGAACACUGGUGCUUUUCGUGCUGAAAGUGAAGGAGCUGGUCGACGAACGCAUCACAAUCAGUGUGUUCUCCUUCCCUCUUCUGUUCCUCAUGCAUUUCUUUGUCUUUCAGUGGACAUCUCGUUGAAUAUGCUCGGUCUUCUGUUGUUCUCCGCCGUGCUUCAUGACAUCGUCUACUUCUACGCGAUGCAUCUGAAGCUCGUCGAGUGCCAUCCCGUCUCCGUUCCGAUAUUCCGCCACGAAACGACAAUACCGAAUGCGUACUCGUCAAUCCAUUCGAGUCGAUUCGCGUCUGACAGCACUAAACUCUCUGUUGAUAAUCUUGUUUAAUUUUAUCCUGUAUACCCGAAUCUAUUGCUUCAUGUACUAUCAUUUUUCGAUUCCUAAAUAACCCUAUUCCUAUUGUGAUUUCAAAUCGCCCGAUCUAUCCUUUCCCUAAGUUCCCGUAAGAAUAAUUAUACGAGUUGUAGAUGAUCUAUUAACAAAUUUAUUUGUAUUCUAAUAAAUUCGAUGAUUUUUUUCUAAUAAUGACUAGUUUGAGCACGAAUAUUCACAGUUAAAAAAAUGUAUAUUUAAAGUUUUUGAAACGACACUCCGAAAUUCCGUCACUCGAGGUUUAUCGUAAAUCGUACGACUCUUGUCAAAAAGCGAAUUUAGAUGCAUUUCACUUCAAAUCUGCACGUACACUCUUUUUUACACUUAUUUAUUUAAUACAAUAACUUUUAAUCUAUCAGAUUUUAUCGAUUUAUCAGUACAUGUUUGUGAAACUGCGCAUUUGCAUCAUUCGAGCUAGAGAAACGAUAUUGCAGGGUAAAAAUGUCACUGAGCAAGCUCAGUCAGACAUGUUUUAGUCGACACCAUGCUAGAACAUUCAUCAGAUUGUCUAGUUCAGGUAAAAUUCAAAAGUUUUGAACGCCAUCAAUGUGUCCCGUUCAGACUUCAAAUCCCUCUUGGGCCCACCGGCAGUCGCCAACCCGUUUGCCGACAAUGGACGGAUGAGACUUCCUCCGAUCGUUCCUAUUGCUGUACCAACAUGAGAAAAGAAAUAAAAACAAGAUUUCCAAGUUUUCAGCACGGAAAUGUGUUCGCUUCGGUCAAAAUCCCGAUCAACGAUACCCCAGAAGCCGUGGCCUUCAAGCCAGAAGUUGAGGAAGCACCACAAGUUGUGAAGAUUGAGAAGGUGAUGAAAAGCAUGUUGAGGAAAUGUCCUUAUGCUGAAAUACUCUAGGAGGUACCGAGAGUGGAGGCAGAUAGAGUGGCGAGCUCUCCAACGCCGGCGACGACACCAUCGGCCAUCGACGAGUUGAACUCGUUGAAGGAAUCUCUCGAGAAACUCGAAGCUGCCGCCGCGAAAACGACUUCUUCCGGAGACUCGAACGAUAAUAACGAUGUGAGGAAUACCUCGUCCGUAUAACGGUUCUUCUCACUUUGACCUGUUUACAGCAACCUGGAAACUCUGAAGAAGUGGAGGCCCGUCGGAAGCGAAUGGAACGGAACACACGGAUCGGAGGAUACGUUAUUCUCGGUGGAUCUAUCGUUGGUUUCAUCUCCUUCUGUCUCUACUACGGUCGCGCUCAACGAGAUGAAGCUGGAAAAGUGAUCGAAGACGGAUUCAGUGGAUUCCUCGCUCCGUUUUAUCGCAUCGCCAACAGUUUCAAACUUUGGAGAGAUGUACGUGUUCGAAAUCAGAAAAGCUAGGAAUAUUCGAAUGGAAACUUUUUCAGUACGUCGUGGAGCCAGCUCGUGAGCAGCUUCUGCCGGAUCCACUUCCAGCGCCGUAUCUCCAGCCGAAAUACACGAUUGUCAUCGAGCUGAAGAAUAUUAUGGUGCAUCCGGAAUGGACUUACAAGACCGGAUAUCGAUUCCUGAAGCGCCCGGCGCUCGAUUACUUCCUCGACGUGAUUGGAUACCCGAACUUUGAAGUGGUCAUCUACUCGUCCGAGUCGAUGAUGACGGCGGCGCCGGUCGUCGACAGCUUCGAUCCGAAACAGAGAAUUAUGUACAAGUUGUUCAGAGAUUGCACCAAAUACAUGAAUGGACACCACGUGAAGGUUCAGUUAAAAUAAGUUGCCAUUUUGAAAUCAUAAUUUUUACAGGACUUAUCAAAAUUGAAUCGUGAUUUGUCGAAGGUGAUCUUCAUCGAUUUCGACGUCAAGUCUGGCCAGCUCAACCCGGAGAACUUGCUGUUAGUACCGGAAUGGCGAGGAAACAUGGAUGAUACCAGUCUUGUCGAUCUGGCAGAACUUCUGAAGAGUACAAAGAACAUGAAACACAUUUUAAUCUACAUUUUCCCAUCAUUUCAGCAAUCCACUUGUCAGACACUGAAGACGUCCGCCCGAUGUUGCAGUACUACUCGCAGUACGACGAUCCGGCGAAGGAGUUCCGUCGGCGAGCGGUCUACCUGGCUCAGCAGGAGGAGCAGAAGAAGAACCAGCCGGACGAGAGUUCGAUGCUCAAACGAUACUCUGGAAAGCUGUUCGGAUUCAGAAGACACGCAACAGUCUAA